AUGAGAAUAUUAAUACUGUUGUUAUUGGUGUUAGUGAAUUCAGAGCAUUCUUUGAGUAUUUCCUUAGAACAAAAUGAUCUGGAUGAAACUGUGCUUUUGUAAAAGGAAGAAACUCUAACACUUUUGGACAUUGCAAACGAACUUGAGUAAUACCAUUUGUUUUAAGUAUUGGGAAUUGAGGCUUAAGAUAGAUAAAUGAAAAGGUUGGCAGUAGCUUCAAUAAUAUCAAUUUUAACAAUUGCUGCAUGCUGCGGAUGUUCAUAGAUAAUAUAAGCAUAUUCAAAAUCAUGCAAGUAGAAACUUCCACCUCCAAAAAAUUAAUAUAGAAGGCUAGAACAAAAUGCAGACUCUUUAUGA